UUCAGCGGGGCACUUCAGAAAGGUUGAAAGCUCGAAGCGGCGAAUUUAUUCCCCGCAUUCUCGCUCUCUUGUUCGCAAACUCAUUAGCGGUCAAGAUAAUCACAGGAGAAUCUGGUCACUGUCGUCAAUCCAGAUUCCGACUGACAAGAAUGUGGAAUUUAGGGACAUUAGGGGACCAUAGUAACCCUAUUCUUCAGAGUUAUCAGCCAAUCUCCAGAAAAGGUUUGGAAAACCGUCGCUUCUUUUCUUCAAGGAUACCUCAUCGUACAGAUUUAUGCGGUGAUUCUGGUGCACAGUUGAGAGCUUUUGGGAUGUGGAAAGUUGAAAAGAUGGUGAGAAGCAUUGGGAAAACAUCUAAAUCCAGGAGUAAGAAAUAUGCAAAUCUCCCCCCAGAAGGAUUCGAAAGGUCUAAAGAUAAUACUCGAGAAGAAAGCGAAGACAGUUGGAGUGCUUUUAGCAAACCUUCUAUGGAUAAUUUGAGCAGUAAUUCUUCACAGGCAAGCCCUACAAGAGAUGCUGUGCUGAAGGCCUGCACCUUAACAUCUGGGUUUUUAGUAGCUCUAGGUUUGCUAAUUAGACAAGCAUCCCAUGUUGCAUCCGUGGAAGGUUGGUCAAUCCUUGAUACCUCUGCAGAAGUACCAUUUGGCUUAGAGAUGCAGGACGUACCUCUAACAAUUGGAACAGUUGCAUUGAUAUCUUCUUGCCGGUAUAUACUAUUGAAGACAUGGCCAGAAUUUUCUGAAUCAAGUGAAGCGGCCAAUCAACAAGUGCUUGGCUCGCUUCAGGCUUUGGAUUAUCUCGUGGUGGCAUUUUUGCCUGGAAUUAGUGAGGAGCUUUUAUUCCGAGGUGCAUUGCUGCCACUUCUUGGCCUUAACUGGAAGAGCGCUAUAGUAGUUGGUGCAAUCUUUGGUGGACUUCACUUGGGUGGUGGACGAAGAUACCCUUUUGCAAUCUGGGCAUCAUUUGUUGGCUUUACCUAUGGCAUGGCCACAAUAGUGUCCUCAAGUGUCAUCGUUCCAAUGGUUUCCCAUUCACUGAGCAACCUUAUAGGAGCCAUCCAUUGGCGAUAUAAAUCUAGCUCGGAGAAGAUAAUUGGAUAAUUCUGUCAUCUGCUCGUUGUAAUUACAUUUUUCAUCACUGUAGUACUGCUUGCUGUUUGUAAUUUUAAAUAUUCUGCUUAUUUUAUUACGCAACAUUAUAAGUUGUACAGUAAAGUUUCGACAAACAUCUUCAAAAUUAGAAUAGUGGAAGAUAUGAGAGUGCUGAGAUCAUGUUGA